UAUUUUGUUGGUUAUGUUAUAAAUAUAAUAUUUAAUAGUCCUUUUUAUUAUUCUUAAGACGUUUUUUGCAAAUGGCAACGAAAAACUUUUUAAACUGGUUGUUAACGGAAAAGGGAAAGCAGUUUUCCUUUUACGUCGCCGGAACGGCUAUUACGGGUAUAAUGGUAGCAAGUUACACAUCACAGACUAUAUUCAUAAACAACUACAAAGAUCUCUUCCGCCUAUACAAGAAUGGAGUUGCAGCACCAGUGCCGGGAAUUCUAAAAGAGCGUUUUGAAAAGACGCUUCAGUUACUGGAGAUUGAAGAGGCUGAGCGACAGCUGUAUUCACCGUUUAUGUCCUGUGGCUUCGAUAUUAUCGGAUUAGGUUUGUCGUCAAGUCGGUUUGGAGUGUAUAUCGGGCUUCCUUCGAACUUUCAAUACAACAGCCCUCAAAACUUCGAUACAUCCAAGAUAGUGUUAAACCAAGCCGAGGGAAAGUCAGUUACUUGGGAUUCAAAAGAGGGACAAGACUUGCUGAACUCCAUGGUGCUCUCAGAAAAGGCCCAAUUGUAUGCCAUUGCCAAAGAAAUCCAGUUUAGGCAAUCACCGAAAUUAUAUAUUGAUACUUUCAUUGCUACAAGCUGUGCUGCCGCUACCUACAUUCUAAGUAGUAUUAUUAAUCGAAAAUUUGAUUUCUACAGCAGACCCCGUGUCAUAAGACUUAUUGUGUAUUCAUUUGUGAGCUCGUUGUGUUUUAUGAACUUUAUUAUGUGUAAGGACAUGUCUCAGUUGUAUUACGAAAAAACCUCGGAUGAUUACUUAAUAGCGAAGGACCCAGUGUUUUUAGAAGGAGGAAAGGAGUUCUGGGAGAAAAUUCUCAAACGCAACAUGGCGCUGCGUAAAUUGUUGGGACCCCGAGGGGAAUCGAUGUAUACCAUUACGGGAAACGAAAACAAUAUCAUCAGAAGCAAACAUUUGCCCUUUACCGAAAGGCAAUCGUUUUUUGCAAACAAAGCGGCCCCCAGUGUCAAUUAGGAAAUCUGAUGUAGGUGAUUGUCCGAGAAACAAUAUACGUAUUUAUAAUUGAGUUUAAUUUUUUUUUCUUGAAAAUGAAGUUAGAGGCAAUAA